AUGCCCAGAAAAGAGACUAGUGCGACGAAGAAACCAUCAGUCUCUGGAGUAGAGAGAUCUAGAGCUACUGGGAGGGUCUUUGCUAUGACCUCUAUAGAAGCUACACAAUUAGUUAAUCUCAUCAUGCAAUCUUGUUUACUUGGGAGGCAUAAUGUGCUUGUAUUAUUCGACUCUAGAGCAACGCAUUCUUUUAUUUCUGAUGCAUGUGCGGCGAAACUGAGCUUGAAGAGACGUGACUUGGACUGUGAGUUGCUGGUUUCAACUCCAUCUUCGGGUCAGGUGGCUACUAGUUCAGUCUGUGUUGGGUGUGUGAUUGAAGUGGCAGGUCGCAGAUUCAAAGUGAACCUGGUGUACUUGCCUCUAGAGGGGUUGGACGUUAUAUUGGGGAUGGACUGGCUGUUUAACAACCACAUCAUGAUCUACCGUGGACGGCACAAUUUGGUAUUCCCAAAACAUGCAGGGUUAGAGUUGAUCUCCACUCAGUUGGUAUUGAUGGAACUGCAAAGAGGGGCCAUAUGUUUUUUGGUGGUGGCCAAACCAUAG